CACUUUUGUUCAUAGCAACGAAUCUAGAAACCGAAAAACCCUAAGCAGAGAUCGAAGCUAAGAAGACAAUUUGUUUCCUCCCACUCUUCGAUACGUCUCUUCGUUCCAUCAUUCAUGGCUACCAUACCGGUAAACCCGAAGCCGUUCUUGAACAACUUAACCGGAAAGACGGUUAUCGUCAAGCUCAAAUGGGGAAUGGAAUACAAAGGUUUCCUCGCCUCUGUUGACUCCUACAUGAACUUGCAGCUUGGAAACACUGAAGAAUACAUCGAUGGACAGUUGACUGGAAACCUCGGAGAGAUCUUGAUCAGAUGCAACAACGUUUUGUAUGUCCGAGGUGUGCCAGAAGAUGAAGAACUCGGAGACGCUGAACAAGACUAGCCUGUGCCCGUGGACUUAGAAAUCGCCAGAUCUUGUUGUAUUCUAUGAGCAUCUUAACCCAACUUGUGAGAUUUCAGCUUUGCUGUUGUUGAAUCUUUUGAUACCUCGAAACUAAAGAAAAGCCACAAGCUGUUUAGAUGUUUGACAAACCAAACUCCUUGCCGGUUUUCUGUAAAUGGAAUGGAAUGCGUGUCGUUUUAUA